UCAACACACAGCCAUUAAUGUCUAAACCGCUGGCAACAAAAGUGAGUACACCCCUAAGUGAAAAUGGCCAAAUUGGGCCCAAAAUGUCAAUAUUUUUUUCACUUUAUUUGCCAGCACUGCCUUAACCUACUUUGGCAUGGAGUUCACCAGAGCUUCACAGGUUGCCACUGGAGUCCUCUUCCACUCUCCUCCCUGACGACAUCACAUAGCUGGUGGAUGUUAGAGACCUUGCGCUCCCCCACCUUCCAUUUGAGGAUGCCCCACAGAUUUACAAAAAAAUUA